AUGGGCGUUUCAAUGUCUACUGCCAAAUGGUUGGCUCCACUAUCCUUUGCUGUCGACUUUGCAGCUCAAAACUAUGGCAUGCUUAGCACUCCCAAUAUGAAGGAUGUUCACGACGCCAACCUGUCAUUUUGGUCGCCUCAGCCUUUCUUCAUCGCUGGAUUCUUCUUCCCUCAGCAACUUUUCCAGCUUGCCUGGCUAUAUCGCCUAUACAAGGCAGACCCCAAAGUAGAGCCCAUGGCCUCCGAUAUAGGCACUAUGGUUGACUUUGCCCCAUUUUACGCUGUCGGAAACUUCUGUAUUGCUACAUGGAUGAUCUUCUGGAACAAAUCUGACCUGAAGGUUGCAAACAUCUUCGUCAUCAUUAAUAGCCUUGCCCAACUGUACUUCAUCUUCAAUCGUCUUCCGCCCAUGAACACAAAGUCUGUCAACUCUGUUCUUACCCACGUCGUUGCCAAAACCUUUGCUGGUAUCGGCGUCUUGGACCUGCUACACAACGGUUCGGUUGCAUACUUUGUUCACCAGCAGCCAUCUACCACUGUAAAGGUUCUCACCGGAGUAGGGUUCGGAUUGUUGUCGAGCAUUAGUGAUUGGAUCUUGGGAGGCUGUCUGGUCUAUGACUUAAUUGCGCUGUCAGUCGGUCAAUCAGCCUACGGCAACGCCGGUUGGAGCAGGCUUCUCGGCAUCUACGCCGGUGGAGCUGCAGCCAUUGUUGGCGCGCGUAAUUUCCUAAGACCGCCAUAUGUCAGUCAAUCUACAGCCGGAUACCAGCCUCUUUAA